AUGGUGGUCAUCGUUAUUAUUAUUCUGCUCCAUUCCCAUAAGCGAGAGCCAGGCUGCUUCUACAAAGCCGGCCAGCAAAACCGGACACUAUCAGGCCACGGGGGCCAUAGGUUAUUGCUUCUCCUUUUCCUCAGAAAUCUGCAAAGGCUACAAGCUGUCCAACGAGCCAGUGGGGACUUGUCCAGUGACUCACCAGAGUACUCUGGCUUACCAUCUGUUAAUAAUCAGCUCGCAGAUCCUUCCUGUCCUCAAAGGAAAGAAAAUAGUGCUACUGACUUCUAUUUUGAAGGAAGCCUCCAUCAUGCUCUGCAGAAUAUGACCGAAAACCAGGGGGUGCAGACGGCUCCUGUCCAGCCAAGAGGAGGCAAAGGGAGAAAGAAGCUCCGACUGUUUGAAUACCUUCACGAGUCUUUGUGUGAUCCUGAGAUGACAUCGUGUAUCCAAUGGGUAGAUAAGUCAAAGGGAGUCUUCCAGUUUGUUUCCAAAAAUAAAGAGAAACUUGCAGAACUUUGGGGAAGAAGGAAAGGCAACCGCAAGACCAUGACUUACCAAAAAAUGGCCAGAGCCUUGAGGAACUAUGGAAGAACUGGGGAAAUCACUAAAAUCCGCAGGAAGCUAACCUAUCAGUUCAGUGAGGUCAUCCUUCAGAGACUCUCCCCACCUUUUUUCUUAGGAAAAGAAAUAAUCUAUUCACAAUAUAUUCAAUCUGACCAAGAACAACUCAAUUUAAAUAACUGGAAUGCCAAUUAUAAUCACAUGUAUAGCAACAACCAUGACCUAGGUUACUCUGACUGCUAG